AUGAAUAAGCAAAUUUUCAAUACAGUCGCUGCAAUACUUUUAAUCUUUUCUAUUACAUUUGCUCAGCAACAAAAUGAGCGACUUUCGAGAAGAGGAUUAUCAUUUUCAAAGGAUAAUACUGUGCUAUCAUCAUCUCCAAUAGAAGAAUCAUUACCGAUAUCUGUGGUGACAUCGGAUAGAGUGCAUAGAGAAGCGGAUAUAUAUCGAAGAGGUAAUAUUUUUGGACUCCGUAAUCAUCGAGUUAGUACAGCUCAUCACGUGAACGCAUCCAAAUUUUUAACCGACAGUAACUCUUUAGUUAAAGUGUACGGUGAAGCAAAUCCAAGUAAAACAGAUGAACAUUUAUUGGAUAUUGAAGCAAAUACACAAAUUGUAAACGUCGGGAAUCGUCCAUUAUCCUUAAUACCGUCUGGCGAGAGUAUUCCUUUAUCAAUAAGUGGUUAUGGGCCACCGGAAGAAAAAUUAGAUAUAGCGGAGACGAACCAUCAAGCUGAAACCAUUAAGGAAAUACAAGCAAUAUUGCAUUCUGAUAUUGAAAAUCCAUAUGAUGGAGGUGUUCCGGAUACAGAAGCGAUCACUGCGGAAACUCCGUCAGAUAGUAACAGAGAAAAUAAGAGUGACCUUCCGUUGAUCACAAGUACUGAAAAAACUGUUAUAUUAAGCGAAGCAGCUACAAGCACCAUAAGAUCUGAAGAUUUCAGGAAAACAGAAAGUGUAAUUAAAUCAAAUGUGAGUGACAUGGAACCGAUAAAAAGCUCCACUGAAGCUUGUGCACAAAAUUGUAGCGUAACUACGGAAAGCUCGAUGGGAACAGAUGAAGGAACUAUUGAAAUGGUUACUGAGGCUUCUACCGAUAGGCGAAAAGGUGCUACAGUAUUGUCAACAGGUAUUAGCAAAGAAAGUUACGAUGUUAGCACCGAGCAAUUUGAAAAUGCGAGCAUUGGAACUGAAGAUGUUGAAAUAUCAACAAUUGAAGGCGAAAAAACCGAAUCAGUUUCUGAAGGAUAUGGAACAGUAUUUGAUACUAAGAAAGCGGAAAUAGUACUGAAAACAAAACUGCAAAAUAUUUCAAGCGCGGAUGCUAAAGUUAUGCCGUCCGAAUCAGUUACAGAAUCGUUCACUAAUGAUGAUAUCAUGCAUACGCAAACUAAAUCAAUCGAUGAUGCGGAAGAUUUCGGAUAUGGUAUGGCUUCUAAAACUAUCAAAGAGCAAUCGACUACUGAGAAAAGUCCCAGUAGCAUUUCAGAAAAUUCGCUAGGAGCAUAUAAAGUAGAAUCAACUUCUAAUCUCGGAGAAGCAGCUUACAGUGCUACAAGUUCACCAAUGAUUGGUGAAGAAACAAAAUAUAAGGGACAGGAAAAGCCGUACGAAAACGGUAGCAAGCCAGAUUCAAACACUGAAGAAAUUUAUUCCUCUCAGCAAAAGAUUACAAAAGUAUCCGGCGAUACUUACCAAAAUCAAGAAAAUAUUGAUAAAACCGAAAUGCAAACGAAUACCGAUCAGUCGUCUAUUUCAACAAAACAUUGGUCAGGAAAUGUGGAAGUUACUUUACCAAUAACAAAUGGUACUGCAACUGAUACUUUGUACGUUACUGAAGAUAGUGAAAUCUCAAAAAUAAUAAGUUCUCCAAUUAUUGAGCCGGAAGAAGAUAUUUCGGGCUAUGAAACUUACAGUAAACCAAAAGUUACUGCAAUAAGCAGUAAAGUAGGUUUACCAGGAUUAAACAAAGAAUCAGCAUCUCAACUAUCAAAAUCAAUUGAGGAAGCAACUAUGGUACCUAGAAUAAGCACUGAAACCAAAAUGAGGAAUGAAAAAGCAAAGAUGACACUGGAAAGUACAGUAACAGGAUUGGGAGAUCUAAAAAGUUCUACAGAAUCUAACAUGGUAGUAACUGAAACAAUAGAAUCUCCAAAAGAAACAUCUCUCACGUCCGUUGAACAAUCAUCAGAAUACCGUGCAGUAACACCAGAAUAUAUUGCGGAAUCAACAUACGGAAAAGAAGAAGCUACAGAAUUACGAAAAACAAAUGAUGGAGUUGAAACAUCUGCUGUAGCACCAUAUGAUACUAAUGAGAAAGUUGUACCUGAUACUACAUCAGUAACAUCGAGCAGUGCAUCUGUUACUUCUGAAUCUGUUGCAUACGGAACAGCUGAAUUAGUUAAAACAUCAGUAUCAGAAAAACUAGCUAAAGUAUCAAAAUCUGAUGAAGGAUUAGGAUUAGCAGGAUAUGGUAAGGCAGGUCCUAGUGAACAGGUACAGAAGGAUCAGGAUUUAAUGCCCCUCGUAUCAAGCACAGAAGAAUCAGGAGUUAGCACCACAAAAACACCUGAAGAAACCAUACAACGAAAUGAAUUGCAAACAAUGAUGGUUUCGAAACAGCUCAUGAAUCACAAUGAAGAAAUUGCAACAUCAGAAUCAAGCAAAAUUAGCAGUACAACAGCGACAUCUUCAAACGAAGCAACUAUGUCUGAAGAAGUGACAAGAUCUGAGCAACAACCUUCAGACUAUAGAGAGUUAUCAGUAACUGCUGAUGAUUAUCAUGAAUCAAAUAAAGAAGUGUCGUCGGAGCAAGCGACAAUUUAUAAAGAACAGGUAACAGAAUACGAACUGCUUACAUCUGCAAUAUCUAAAGGUGAUAUUACGACUGAAAAAGGUGUGAAUGCAACAGCAAGACUUCAAAGUAAAUACGCGGAUAUACGAACUACUCCUGGAGAUUUUGGAUAUGGUGGGAAAAAGGGAGUCAUUGAGGAAAAUGAUAGCGAUGCGAUCGAUACUUUAGUAAAUUCAAUAUCUACCAUAAAUGUUGAAGAAUCAACAGAAAAUCCAUAUGCAAAUCAAUUGCAUACAAAAUUAACUGAGAAUGCGAAGAUUAGCAAACCUACUGGAGAAUCUGUUGUAACGGAAUCUAUCGAGAAAAUUACGAGUGGAAGAGGAACAGUAACAAAUGAAAGUGAUGGAAGUGCGCCAGAAUCCGAUGUUACUGAAAAUCCAUUUAACCUUUCGGAUUAUUAUCCAACAAGUGAAGAAACAACUAAUGAGUUGUCACGAUCUGAUGAAAAUUUGACAGGACAAUCAGAAAUUGCAGAAAGUACGUUAAUUUCAAUCACGGAAACUAGUGAAAUAGCAUCAGUGAAUGAGAGAACUACAAGCCAUACAAGUUUGACAAGUGAGAAUCCAGAAUCAGAAGCUGCUAGUUAUGCAGUUUCUGAAGGAGGAAAAUUUACAGGAACUUCAACUGCUGAAACAACAGUAUUAGCCCAAGUAAAAUCUAACGAAACUUCAACAGAUACGAAUGAUUUUGGUUAUGGUGAAAAACUUGAAGAAAAUACGGAAGCACAAUUAAUAGAACAAAAUCAGGAUUCCAGAACAUUUGUUACGGCAGCAGAAUCUAUCUUGACAACUGGGGAGAUACAAUUUAGUGAUGAAAUAAAAACUGAAUCUGUUCAGAAAUCUUUAGCAACAGAAACACCAUCAGAAAUUGAAACAGAUUCUACAAUUAAAGAUUUUGAAACUUCUCAACAAAAUCACACCGAAAUAGACGAUAUUCUGACUUCUUCAAGUCUAAAUAAAGAAGCAAUAGAAACUACUGGAAUUUCAGAAACCGAUCGAUCUGCACUUCUUCACAAGACAUAUCCACAGGAAACCACAGAAAGCACAUUAAUGCGUAUAGUAACAAAUGGAGUAGAAAUGUCGAUACCAUAUGAUAUACAUGAAGAAGCUCCAAAAAUUAUUGCAAUGAUAAAAGUAACGAAAAAGGGUCCUUCAAAAUUAGCCGAUGACAUAAUUGCUUCAACGAAAGCAGCACGAAAAGAAGAAAUUCAUGAUAGUACAGAAACUACUAAAGAAUUUGAAGCUGGAAGUAUUACAUCUGAAGAAAUGAAUGAAGUAAAAAAUGAAAUAGAAAGCAUAUCAUCAGAAACUUCUUGGGCAAGUCCGGAAUUUUCUGACGUAACAACUGCUGCAAAAAAUACUGAAUCAGAAUUUUAUUCAGAAAAUACUGCAAAUAUUUCAGUUAGAAUUUCUAUGGGUCCUGAAAAUUUCGGAUACGAAAAUGUAAAUGAACUAACAUCACCAAGUGAAAUAUCAACUAAGAUAACAAUGACAGAAUUACCAAUCAAUCUUACUGAAACUUCCAUUGCUACAGAAUCAUCAGUUAGCAACAAAUACACAAAUUCUAAAAUGUUCGCUGAUGCAGAAUCGAAAGGUGAUGAAGAAUUCAGCGGAACUGUUCCUUCAAUCACAUCAAAUGCAUUAACCGAUUCAUCCACUGUAACUCAAAAAAUGUUGACAACGCAUGGUGAAAUUAUUACGACAGAAGAAGAAAAAAAUAUUCCGAUCAACAUUCCGAAUAGUGGAAAAGAUUUCGGAUACGGUGAUGAUACGGACGAAUUAAGCAACAGUGCUGCAUUUAGUUCAAUCACCAUUUCAGACGAACAAAAGCAGCGUGAUCAGUCAGUUCUACGAAAUACAGGGCGACCGUUCACUUUAAACUGUGAUGAGGAAAUUGAUGAGAAAGGUGAUCUUUGCAAAGAAUGGGCCAAAGCAGGUCUUUGCGAUGCACAUCGACCAACAAUGUUUCUUUUUUGUAGGCGGACAUGCCUAUGUAUUGGACCACCAAUUGAUCUGCUGAUAUGA